AUGGAUCGUACUACCCCACAAGACUCUGUCUCUGAAGAGUCGCCUCGACGGCGAGAGCCGCCGCGCAGUCUUCUCUCGAACAACUGGCGAGUGCGCGAUACGGCGCCUCAGCCGAAGCAAGAUGAGAGGAGCAACUAUGCGUCCCGAGACAGCCCAAGAAGCGGGAAUGAUACGCGCAAAGCCCCAUUCGGACAGAAAAAUGACUGGCGCAACCGGCGGGAAGAGCCGACCGGAAACUCGACAACCGCUGCGACAGGGUCUCCACAGAGAGCGGCUUCCGGCCGCCCCAUUGAGGACUCGAAAGCCCUCGCCGAGGGUCGCCGAAUCUACAUCGGCAAUCUCUUCUACCACAUCCGCCCGGAGCAAGUCACCGAGUCACUCCGGGCCGAGGGUUUCGGCGCCAUUGAGAAAAUCCACAUCUCCAUUGACCCCGUGACCGGCCGCAACCCGGGCUACUGCUUCGUCGAAUUCGAAUCACGUGAUGUCGCCGAGGCGGCAAUCCGGGGCAUGGCGGGUGUGUUGAUCGAGGACCGACCGCUCAAGACAGGCACGUGCCAGCCGAAGCAACAGCAGCAGAGGCCAAAGCAGUCCCCGUGGUCGCAGCAGGGGUCCUGGCGACCUCGGGAGUUUAAGCCGACUUUUGAGAGGUGGGGAAAUUGGACUGAUGAGGGCGGCGAGGCGUUAGAGAAUGGACAGGGUCCGAACGGGGCGGAAGAGCAUCUGAGGAGUGUGGUAGAAGAUGAGCAGCGUUGCAGGGUGUAUGUUGGUGGGUUGGGUGCUGCGGCGAGCCAUGAAGAACACGACCAGGAGCUGCGGGCCAUCUUCAAAGAUUUCGAUCAGGAUGUAGUCGCCAUUGGCAAAAGAGUCACCCCCCAUCAAUCGACAUGGACCAAACCUGGGAAGCACCAUUUCGCUUUUGUAGAUCUGGCAUCCGAAGAGGCGGUACAAGCCGCAAUCAAGGCGCUCAAUGGAAUGACAUGGCAGGGGUCCCGGCUUAGGGUUAACGUUUCAAAAUCUAUCCCGCGGAAGAUUCAGGAGAGGGGGGUUCCGUAUAGUGAUAUGCCGGUAAUCGCCCAUUCCAAGCUGCCCAGGCUCUCCCAAUGCUCGGUAACAGUUGAAGGCCGCACACCCGCCACCUCAGACAUGUUUGCGCAAGGAUUGGAGUUUGGGUUCUAUUCUAAAGCACUGAUGGCGAUAAAGAAAGGGCCGGAGAUGAGUCUGGGCGGCAGGGGGGUUUUGCAGGCCUCCUAUGUUGUGGUUUUCACGGUGGCUCGCUUCGGUGCCUGGUGGCCCCUUUUCUCCAGGAUCAACCGGAGACCAUGGCUAGCAAAGAAAUUAGUUACCGACCCAACAAAGCUCCUAAAAGUCGCCUCCCGAGACGAUGCGGACAAAUGCACGAACACAAUCGCCAGCUCAAUUUCAUCCACCUCCACUCCCCCUGAAGGAAUCAUCCCAUCCAAGAGCGGUCUCGUCGAAGCUGGCCUCCACGCCUGGAACCAUCACAACAACCUGGUUCUUCGCUCCGACGAUUUCUGGAUCGCCAUCCUCUCCCAGCUCAACUUCUACAUCAACAGGCACGCCGAACGUCUGAGGGGUUUUUUUUCUACCGAUUACGCCCUAUUUGCCGACCUGACGGCCGAUGCCAUUGGGGAUAAUGUGAAGGAUCCCGAGUUGAAGGAGUGGAUUCUGCCAAACUUCUCGACGACGACGGGCGAGGUUAGAACAACCACUGCGGUGCUUUUCAUGGGUGCUAUGCAGGCCUAUUUCCCAUAUUCAUUCUCUUCUAUCAGAUGCGGUAUUCCAAGAGUCACCCUCCUUGGUGAAAAGGAGGACUGGAUCAACCUCCAGCGACCCAUCGAUAAAAUUCUCCUGUGGGGACCCGAAGCGGAGAGAUACCAUCGAGAUCUAGCCCCGAUCUUGAAAUACAUCCUCGCUUCCUUCGACAACCCGACCUCGGACGAAGUUUCCGGAUUCUGGGCUAAGAUGGUAUCGAAAUAUGGCCCUGCCCAUGCCAGCGGGAACGCUGGACCAUACAUCACAGGGUGGCUUACGGGGCUCUUCCUUUGGAAUGACAAGGGGAAUGUUCGGUCCGAAGUCGGCCGCAUGAACCGCCCCUCCUCUGACCGUAAGUUAUGUGUCAUCGACGAUGCGAAAUAUGCCUAUCUCGAGUUGGGCAAACGGCUUAACCCUGCUGUUGCGUCGGUGCCUGUUACGGUUUCCCAAAUCGAUGAGGACGGAAGGGUUGCAAGGAAGCUGAGCACGAUGAUGGUAGCCGGAUGUUGGGGCUACAGGCCUUGCUCGGUCGAAGAGGGACCCGGCUCGGAGACGAUAUUUCAGAACCAGCCCCAAUCGACCAAUGGCAGUUCCGAAGCUCCGAUCAUUUCCUCUGAGACCCAGGUUAGAGGAUCGACGUACAUUCAACCAGUGCACUUUUGGUGGAUCUACGAGGUGCACGGUUAG